AUGGCAUCGGGAGGUGACGACGCAGAAACCUCCCCAUGCUGCGCGCUCCAGAGGGCUGCAGCUUGCCUGGUCUUGCAAAUCCACAAAGACAGCACCUUUGAGGAUUCCCUUAUGGAUUCCCCCCAUCAGCCCAAGAAGCCUAGCUUGAAUCGAGAGCCUAAGCGCAGCCAGAACCAAUCGGCCCCCCCUCCUCAAAAAGAUGCCUAUGCCAGGCUUCUUAGCCAGCAUCACAGCAGCAAGUUCAGCUUGUAUCUAGAGCAGUAUGCAAAGGACUUUGAAAAAGAAGGGAACGGUCCCUCUGUCCAAGCCCAGAGUUACGGCCUUCAUGUACAGCAACAAAUAAGAGAGCAGGUGCCUCGUGAUUUCUCUGAUCUACCUGACGUCCUCCCCUCCCCUGUGAAAAACAAAGGAGAGGAGAGUUCCUUGUCAUUGUACAUGGAGAAACUAAGCACUCGCGGUGCUCAGCAGGAGUGCGAAAAGAAGCAAGGUGUGUCUGACCGGCAGCGGCGUGGACAGAGGAGGGACACCACCACCAGCCAGGAUGGAGACAUCGAAUCAGGAGAGGAGCUCGCUUCUUUAAAGCCCAACAGCGCAAAGAAGCACCAGAAGCAGCAAAAGAAAAACAAGGACUCCAACAGAGAUGUCGCCUCCAAAGAGGCAGAAUUAUUUCAGGGGUUUCCACAAUCUCCAAAGAAGUCCAGCAUGGCUGCGCAAGAGCCUGAUAAGUCGAGUAAAUCGAAGAGAAAAGGCCCCCCAAAGCACCCAGACGAAGAAAAGAACAGAGAGGGGAAUCUAAACCUAGGGGUUGAUGCACAAACGUCAAGGCCCAUAUCUCCUCAUGGUAAAGAUAAAAAAGAGCCCAGAGCUUCGACUACCAGUUCUCCUGCCGACAAGAGUAAGAGCAAAGACAGAAGAGGAUCGAAGAAACAAGUCUUUGAACCUUACAUGACAUUUGAGGAGGUUUCUCACGGCUUAAAGAGGGGAGAGCUCCUUCAGGGGCAACUGAGAAUCAACCCCAAGAAAUACCAUGAAGCUUUUGUCCCAUCUCCUGAUGACUCGCGGGACAUUUUCCUGGACGGCAUUGUGGCCCGCAACAGGGCGCUGAAUGGAGACGUAGUGGUGGUGAAGGUGCUCCCUCAGGAGCAGUGGAAGGUGGUGAGGUCCGACACCGACUGCGAGUCGGACACCCAGACGGACCACGCCCGGAAAACGGCUCAGAGGAAGACAAAUCCCAGCGGUUCGGAGGACCAGGUCAGCGACCAGGACGAGCUCGUCACUAAUUCCCGGAAUACGGCGCUCGCUGACACAGUUGGACAACUGGAAGACCCCUCAACACCACGUUCCAAUGGAGGAAUUCUCCAAAAGACUGCCAAAGUGGUUUACAUUGUGGAGAAGAAGCACUCGCGGGCCGCCACCGGCUUCCUGAAGUUCCUCCCGGACAAACCCUUCGCCCUGUUCUCCCCCGUGGACCACCGGGUGCCGCGCAUUAACGUUCCGCUAGCCGACUGCCCCCAGGACUUCAGCUCCCGCCCCGGCGACCACGCCACCACCUUGUUCAUCUGUCGCAUCGUGGACUGGGCGGCCGACAGCAACUUCGCCGAGGGGCGCCUGGCUAAAACGCUGGGCCAAGCCGGGGAAAUCGAGCCGGAGACGGAGGGCAUCCUGAUCGAGCACGACGUGGACUUCUCCGAGUUCUCCGACGAGGUGCUGGACUGUCUACCGAAGAACCUGCCCUGGACCAUUCCCCCAGAGGAGAUGAGCAGGAGGCGAGACCUCAGGAAUGAAUGUAUCUUCACCAUCGAUCCGGCGACCGCCAGAGACCUGGACGAUGCCCUGUCCUGUAAACUGCUCCCAGACGGUAACUUUGAGGUCGGCGUUCACAUCGCCGAUGUCACUUACUUCGUGGAGGAAGGCAAUUGUCUGGAUGCCAUCGCCAGCCAAAGAGCUACCAGCGUGUACAUGGUCCAGAAGGUGAUCCCCAUGCUGCCCCGGCUGCUGUGUGAGGAGCUGUGCAGCCUCAACCCGCUCACCGACAGACUCACCUUCUCCGUCAUCUGGAAAAUCACCCCCGAGGGAAAGAUCCAGAGCGAGUGGUUCGGCCGCUCCGUCAUCCGCUCCUGCGUGAAGCUGAGCUACGACCACGCCCAGAGCCUGAUCGAGGCCCCCGAGAAGUUAUUCUCCCCCGAGGAGCUCCCCCCCGUGGACCCCGCGCACCCCAUCGACGAGAUCCACCAAGCUGUGCUCCACCUGCACGGCAUUGCCAAGCACCUCCGGGCUCAGCGCUUCUCAGGAGGGGCUCUAAGACUGGACCAGCUAAAGCUUUCUUUCACUCUGGACAAAGAGACAAUGAUGCCUCAAGGCUGCUACGUUUACCAGUACAGAGACAGCAACAAAUUGGUGGAGGAGUUCAUGUUGCUGGCUAACAUCGCCACAGCGCACCACAUACACCGCAAGUUCCCCGAGCUGGCCCUGCUCCGGCGCCACCCGCCCCCAAAAGCCAAGCUGGUGGACGAUCUGCAGGAGCUGUGCACCCAGUUGGGACUCGACGUCGACCUGUCCUCUGCCGGAGCGUUGAAUAAGAGUCUCCACACGCUUCUGGGUAAUGAUGAGUAUUCCAGUGCCAGAAAAGAGGUCCUCACUCACAUGUGCUCCAGACCCAUGCAGAUGGCGUUGUACUUCUGUUCGGGUGUGUUGAAGGAUCAACAGCAUUUUAAGCACUACGCCCUCAACGUUCCUCUCUACACACACUUCACCUCGCCCAUCAGACGCUACGCUGACAUCAUAGUGCACCGGCUGCUGGCGUCCUCUCUGAAAUGCGGGCCCCACAUCGGCCUGUCAAUGGCGCAAGUGGAGAAACAGGCGUCGCACUGCAACGACAAGAAGACCCUGUCCAAGAGGGUCCAGGAGCUCAGCUCAGAUCUUUUCUUUGGAGUGUUCGUAAAGGAGAGCGGCCCGCUGGACUCGGAGGCCAUGGUGAUGGGGGUGCUGGAUCAGUCCUUCGACGUGCUGGUCCUCCGAUACGGAGUCCAGAAACGGAUCUACUGCAAGUCCAUAUCAGAGCUGGCCUCUUUCCAUCAUCGUAAAGUGGGGAAGAUGUCUGAGCUGACUCUGGUCUGGUUACCGGAGGACCCAGAGAGUGCCCCAGUGGAACAGUUGAUCACCAUCUUUUCUCUGGUGGAGGUCCAGCUCAGAGCCGACGACGCUCCCAUGAAAUACAGCGCAGCUCUGAAGAGGCCCGAGGACGGCAAAUCCUAAGGAAACAACUCCCCCACACACACCCACCCCCCAACCCCCGACAGAGUAUUCCUCAUUUGAUGAAUGAAAAUGACAUUUUAAUUGAUGUGUAGCGUGGAAGCGGCCCUGCUCGGAUCUCCCUGAGCUCCUGUCCUCAGCGUAGGCCCGUUAAAGGUUCGCUUCUGUGUGGUUUUAACAGCAAACACCCCUUAGAAUCUUCUUUUUUUAUCAGUUUACAAAGGGCGUGGAGCUGAGAGCGAGCAAGUUUGGCUCCAUUCUGCAGGUGAACAGAAGGAAAGCAGCAAUAAAUUUGGAAUUUGCUGCUGAUUUAUUGACCUAAUGAGGUCGGCCGUGAUAAGACGUAAGCGUUAUGUCUGUUUAUUGUUUUUAAGAUGGUAAUUUAAUUAGAUAUUUCCUACCGAUACACUAAGAGAAGACCUAUGCUUUCGGAAACCGUCUAAUACAGCUUGCUGCUGAGGUUUUUCUCAGUCCGCCUAAUUUGACGGACUUUAGUUGCUUUAACAUUAACCCGGUGCAGGUGAAAAUGUGAAAGCUGUCGCCGCCUGUUUCCUUUUGCAAGUCGCACGUUUGGAGUUUCUUUAUUAUCAGCGCAACCCGAACAGCGUGGGCGGAAAGGGCCCGGACUCUUUAAGAUCUCAGCUCUUCCUCAACGCCAGUUUACAAGAAAGCCGAAGGUUUGUCUGAGGCCACGAGCCAAGGUGCGACCAGGAAGUCCGGCUGGAGCUCUGAGCGUGACUCCCAGCAGGUACAUCCACACUGAUAAAGGAGCAGCAGGGGCUUCCUGACCUUUGUGUCCGAAUCUGCUGCUGCCUGUGAAGGCACACGACAGAAAGCAGCUCCCAGCUGUCCUCUGUCAUUUGCACCCUUAAGAGAAGGCCUCUAGGGUCUAGUGGAAUCUCUCAAUUUAAGCAAAGCCUUAUCUUUUGAGUAUUUAUUCUAUGUGUCAAGCCAAAGUUUGAGCACUUGUCAACUCAAGUUUUUAAUAGAAACCUGGGAAAUGACUUAAAGGUGACCUGCUGCUUGAAAAGGGUCCGCAACCACGAGGUGGGAAUGAAUUUUAUGUUUAGGAUUUGCUUCAUAGGGAUUCCAGUGUUUGCUUCUUCUUCUUUUUUUAAAAAAACUUGAAUUUCAGGUUUGAUUUGUGCACAAAGACUUUUAUGUACCUCAUCUGUAUCAAAAGUGAACAUCAGCCUUAAUUUAAGACUCGAUUUAUUGAAUCGGGAUUGAACCCGAGCUACACAUUUUGGAGAUCUGCGUGCCUGUUUGUCACCCCUCUGAUUCCGAUUGGUUUGUGCCAUACUGAUCAUACAAACCACAGCUACUAUUAAAUAAAAAAUAAGUGUUUGUUUUUUUUCUGAAAUGAAGCAGCAAAAUGUUUAAAUUAGUUUUAAACCACCUACUGCACAAACCUGUAGUGACCUACAGGAGUGUGUGUUAUAUGUUGUUGGGGUAAAAAGUAGAAUUAUAAGAAAAAAAAAACCUUAAUGUGAAUUGCUUUUUUUCUUUCCG